AUAAAAUGCUGCCUAUGUAACUUUAAAUUUAAAAAAUAUAUAUAUCAGCGCAAUAUCGGACAACAUAUAUGCCAAUACCGAUAUAUCUGUCAAAAGUGUAGUUACCUAGAAAUGUAAAGCAAUUACCUCAAAAUUGUAAAAUACAAUUGUACACAGUUUAUAUCUCCUUUAAUUUACAAUAUACUAUAAAAGCAAACCCAUUAAUCCCCUGUAAACACCACAUAGCUCUAUAUAUUCUGAAAAUAAUUAUUUUAGUCUUUAAAGCCUUAUAUCCCUGUUGCACAAUUCAGUACCUCUUUGGUGUAAAUAUAAUCCGAGUCCAUUCCCUGACCGUGUGAGAAUGAAUAAAAACAGUAAAAAAAAAAACACCACAUCAGGGUAAACAUUCAUGCUCCACUUGUGUGACCCUCCCCUCCCUUCUCUUUAUAUAAAGCAGGGAAACUCCAUCAGAGCAUUUAGAGACUCUCAGCUGGAGAUUAGUGAGACAGACGGCAGCACAUCAAGAAGAUACCGGCCAGGAUUUACCAAUCAGAUGUUUCUGCAAUGCCCGAAUUAACUUAGUUUUUAAUACUGCGGGAUCUUUGCAUCUCUCUGUCGUAGAAAGACUUUCAUCUGGCUUUUAUCUGCGUCUCUUACGCAUUGAUGAGUUGUGAUUGCAGCGGGGAUGUAGAGCACAAAGUCAGACUUACUUUCCUGACCUUUUUAUCAUUUCUGGGACAGUUUACGCAUCUUUUUUGGGGUGCUUGUGUGAUAAAAGAGGUAAAAGCACCACCUUGCAAACCGCUCUAAUCCCACCGCUGUCGGUUAAUCCAGUUCCUCUUCAUUUUGUUAUCGACACCAUGCUGUCCAGUGUGCGUCGGCACAGCCUCCGCCUGCAGACCGAGCUCCACCGCUGGAGCAUCUGCGACCCGGGCAGCCACCUGCUCCCGGACAAUUUCCUGGCCCGGGUCCCCGCUUGCAUCGCCCGCUCCAAAUCUUGCACCAGUUCCGCCGGGGAGUCGGACGGGAGCCGUGGGAGCUGGUCGUCCUCAGACUCGGUCAUCUCCACCGACUCCGCCGGGGAGCCAGCGGGACCCGGGAGUCCAUACCGGGUGGUGCUGAUAGGAGCCAGUGGAGUCGGUAAGACGGCAUUCGCCAGUAUCUUCGCUGGUGCAGCGGACAGCAUGGACAGUGAUGACUGCGAGCUGUGUGGAGAUGAAGUGUGUGAAAAGGAAAUUGAAGUUGAUGGAGAGCCUGCAGUGAUAACUCUGUUGGACAGAUGGGAUGCAGAGACGGACAACGAAUGGGCUCAGGAGCGCCACAUACAGACAGGUGAUGCCUACCUGUUGCUGUACUCUAUAACUGACCGGGCCUCGUUCCUACGAGCCUCUGAGCUCCGGAUAACCCUGCGGCGCUUUCGUCCUGCCCAGCACACACCGAUCAUCCUGGUGGGGAACAAGUGUGACCUGGUGCGACGCAGAGAGGUGUCCGUCAGUGAGGGACGUGCCUGUGCUGCCGUGUUUGACUGCAAGUUUAUUGAAACCUCAGCCGCCAUGCAGCACAACGUGUGGGAGGCCUUCCACGGCAUAGUGCGACAACUGCGUCUACGCCGAGACUCGAAGGAAGCCAACAGGCGCCGCAAGCACAUAAAAUACAGCUCACGCCGCGAGAGCCUUCCUAUGAAGGCCAGGCGUUUCCUCGACAAGAUGGUGGCUAAGAACAAUCCCAGUGUGGCGUUCUGGCUGAAGUCCAAGUCCUGCCAUGAUCUCUCCGUGCUGUAGGAACCUGACAGACACUCAUACGCUAAACUCCUGAGCAGGUGAACAAGUUUCAGCCUGGCAGACAAACUAUGUGGACGUUGGCUGGAUGGAAGCCUCCUUCUAAAGGGCUCAAAAAUCAGCACAGUGUACACGAGAGGUGUUUAAAACAUUUCUGCGCUGCUGUUCACAUAUUUCAGUCGAAACUAGACUGAUGGACUGAGCUCAGUCUCUGAGCCUUUGUGAUGGACCGGACAGUCAGCCGAUGGGGUGACAUUCUCCGAGGUUGGAGGUCAGAGGUCAGCUGAUGGAAGCUGAGAGAAGAAUGUUACGUGUUUGCUCAUUUCACAUGUUUCUCUCUGAUCUUCUCUUUCCUUGUCUGUGUCUCUAUUACUGUUUUGCUCUCAUUCCUGCCAAAUUUUGUCAUCUUUUGAGCCCUAAGUGCUAAGAUUACCAGUCGUAAGCUACUGAUGAUGAAGUGUGGUCUUGAUUUAUUUUGUAUAAUGAUUAAUUAGUCUUUAUCUUCAGUUAAUUUAUAAACUGUUGUAUUUUGCACUUUCUGUAAAUAAAUACUAGACUGAUAAUGUGCCGUAUUUUGCUACUUUGAAGUCGUUUCAGUGUUGCUUAUUGAAAUAAAGUGACA